AUGGCGGAGGAAUGCACGCUGCGCAGCUUCCUGCAGUUGGAAGACGUGCGCGACCGGUACAUCACAGAUUUGAACACUGAGAAGCGGCGAUUCUCUUACGCACAAGUGCUGGAGGAAGUGGAGAAUCUGCGCAGCUUUCUUAAGGGCAUCAACGUAAAACCGGGGGAGGAAAUUUCCAUCAUCCUCUUCAACAGCAUCGAGUACGUGGUGAGCUUCCUAGGCAUAAACUACAACAAAAACAUAUGCCUUCCAUUGAAUACAAAUUUGAAGAAAGAGGAGUAUGUAAGGUACCUAGUGAAUAACUGCAAGUAUAUUAUUAUACACGACUAUGAUGAGAACGAUGACAUUUAUUUUUCGAUGAAAAAAAAACAUGGCUAUUACAAAAAUGUGUGCAAGUCGAUUGAGGAGUUAGGCAUCGAGCACAACAUUGGAGUUAUACGAAUUAGGAAGAAUAAAGAAGCACCGUUUUUUACCUACUCGUUAAGCAGACCCUGUGGCGGUAGCAAUGCAGGUAACAUGAAAGGGAAGCUAAGUAAGGAUAAUGGAUUAACCGAAAAAGGAAGCGACGUCUGUUUGCAUCUGCACACAUCGGGAACAACAAGCAAAGUGAAGAUAGUUCAACUUACCAAUGAAAAUAUUAAAACAACCAUCAAAAAUAUCACCAAUUCGUAUGGACUGAGUAGAGAAGACAACACAGUGAUAGUGAUGCCUCUUUAUCAUGUACAUGGCUUAAUCGGAGUGUUAAUGCCAAUUUUAUAUGCCAAAGGAAAUGUUCUUUUUCAAGUAGGUCACUCCUUUAGUGCUUCUGAAUUUUGGAAAGACGUCGUACAUCACAACAUAACCUAUUUCUCGGCUGUCCCGACCAUUUUGAAGAUAUUGCUUUUACGGUACGAGAGUGACUAUUUCGUGGAUGGCGUAAAGGUAAAACACAAGUUGCGGUUUAUUAGAACGUCCAGUUCUCAAUUGGAUGAACAUAUGGAAAGGGAAGCGGAGGUGAAAUUCGAGACGAACGUAUUGCAAGCUUAUGGCAUGACGGAGGCAUGUCACCAGGUGAGCACGAAUAAGCUUAUUCUCACCCAUGGGAAAGAUGUAUCAAUUGUUAAGAAGUACAAAAGUGUAGGAAUUCCAAACGUAGGGGUAAUCAUAUACGACCACGAAAAGAAGAGAGUUUGUCGAAAGAAUGAACUUGGUGAAAUUUGCAUUAACGGUAAGAACGUCAUGUGUGGCUAUAAAGAAAUGAAAGACAAUGAAAAUAUAUGUGUUCAUAUAAAUACUGUGAAAGAAAGGGCAGAGUAUAUGGAGGGAAACACCUUUUUAAUCACUGGCGAAUCCGUUCCUUUCUUUAAAACUGGAGAUGUUGGUUACGUAGAUGAAGAUAACUUCCUCUUCAUUGCUGGCCGAAUUAAGGAUAUAAUUAACAGGGGAGGUGAGAAGAUCAUUCCCAACGAAAUUGAUGAUGUGGUGAGGGAUGACCCACGGGUUUCCGACUGCUUAUCCUUUGCGUGUACUGAUGAGGUGUAUGGCGAGGCCAUUUACGCGGCCGUAAUUUUGGACGAGAAACAGUUGCCUUGGGGGGAAGCACUACAGAAGGCGCAAGCAGGAAGUUUCACGUCUGGUGUAAAUCCGAUUAAUGAUUCUCUUCCUCCCAGGUUUGUCACUUCUAUAACAUCCACUGGUUACGGGGCAUCCGCACCGCCCCAGCAUAGCAACCCCCCCGUAGAGAACGAAUUCAACGUGGAGGUAUCGCUGAGCCUGAACUUUAAGUACCACUAUCUGCGGAAGGAACUAACGGAGCAGAUGAAGAAACGACUGGCGGAUUUCAAAGUGCCCCAAAAAAUAUACUUUGUUAAUCAUUUCUUAAAAACGGACACAGGGAAAGUGUCAAGAAGGAAAAUGGCAGAAGGGGUAGAGCAUUUGAAAGGAACUCCACUGAAUCUAUUCGAUGUGCUAGCCUUAUGUUUGAAGAAGGCCCAUCUGGAUGGUUACAUUUAUGGACUGUAUGGAAUUCCCUUGAACAAAAUGAUUCACAGUUUUGUGCGGAACAAAAUUUACUACAUAAGUUUUAGGAACGAAAUAAAUGCUUGCGUGAGUUGCAGUUAUGUGAAUUAUUUCGACGAACAUAAGGAAAAGAAAAAGGUGGGAAUUAUCCUGACGUGCUCAGGGCCAGCAUUUGUGAAUGCUCUACCAGGGUUAUACAACGCAAAGGUGAACCACUUUCCACUUAUCUUCAUGUGUUUCGAAAACUUUACUGCUAAGAAUUUAACUGAGUUUGAUAAGCAUCAGAAUUUCCAAUACUUCCCACAGCAAAAAUUUUUGGCAAAGGCCAAGGAGAUGUGUGCAGGAGUGUUCCAUGUAAAUUCGCCCGAUGCGUUUCCGGAGCAGCUGUACAAUUGUUUUGAGACAUGUUUAAGGAUGAAGUCUCCUGUUUAUUUAAACGUGAGUUAUAACCUAAUAGGAAAGGAAGUAACUCUUGAUAGGGCUCUACACUUAUUGGAUAUGACUGACUGCUACGCAGGGAGGUACCUCCAACCACUAAAUGUGUUGAACGGACGAAUCAACUUUUCCAAAGAGGAGGAUGAAAAAUUCAAUAAAUUGUUACAGCUGUUUUGUAGGAUUUACCAGAGUAACAAAAGAGGAGCGAUCUUCCUAGGGACCAACUGCAACCAUGGCGUUAAGUACGUCUUGAAGUUGUCUCACUUGAUGAGGAUACCCAUAUAUACUAGCACCAUGGCCAAAUGUUUUGUGAAGGAAAAUUAUUUGUACAAUGCUAAUCAGUGUAAGUCGUUCCUCUUCGAAAAUCUGGACUUUUGCUUCGCCUUUGGAACCGUCUACAACUUUUAUUUCAACUUUGGGAACUUCCCAAGAUGCAAAAAGGAGAAUAUGCUUUGUGUUGACUUGACAAAUGAUGUGUUUGACCCUCAAGUGGACUCCCACUGCGAGCACUUUUUCUUCUCUGACUUGUACAGAGUUGUGAAGCAGUUGUAUUUCUCCCUGAAAAGGGGGGCCCAUUCCAUUGAUGUGGACGGACGAAUGAACUGGAUAGCAGCCAUCCAAGAGGCUAAAAAGAGGAGCAUAGAUAGACUUUGCCGCCAAGUAGCGACCCAGCACUUAGUUUCUGAACAGUUUACCAUGGAACAGGCUAUGCUUAUACUCAGACACUGUCUGCUCGAUUAUUUCUUUAUUCGGAAUGAAAUUCCAGCAAUGUACAAACGGUAUUUCAUCGAUUAUUUUAAGUACGUUGACUGGGCGCAGCUGCGCAGGGUGCUUCAGGGUGAUGUCCUACCUCAUGAGGAUGACGAAGCGGACCUGGGUCCACCACAAAGCGACUGUGAUCUGAGUGACAGCAGCUUGGAGGGGGGAGAACAGAGGGACCACACGGGCGGAUACGACCCCCCAAAAAAGAGUAAAACAUGGGGGAACGGAAAACGCAAGUUCCUCAACCGAGGAAUUAAAAAAAGAGUAGUUAUCACGAACGAAGGGUCAAUAACACUACACUUGGGAAUAUUAUAUUUACCGCAGCUGGGGCCAUACAACUUUGUCAUACCACAGAUCAAUGGAAUGAUGGGUGUAUCCAUGAACGCAGCUAUUUGUGCCGCUCUGAACCAUCCGGAAAAUAUUGUUUUUGCAAUUUUAGGAGAUUCAUCCUUUGGCUUUACCUCCAACGAAGUAGAAACCAUAUGCCGUUUCAAGUUAAAAAUUGUUCUCAUUAUUUUAAACAACAACGGCAUAUACGGUGAUAGAGACUUUCAGACAAAGGAACCGUAUUCCGAAGAGCUGAACAAGGAUGCCCAUUUUUUUCUACAGAAUCCUUCCGCUCUUUACCAUUUUAGCAAGUAUGAGAAUUAUGUGACUGCCCACGGAGGGUAUGGUCGAUAUGUGGACAAUCGGGAAGAUUUUCUCAAGCAGAUCAAGCAUGUCAUGAGCGAAAAUUUUAGUUCCUUCCCAGUGCUCCUAAAUGUUAUGGUGGGGGACGCGCAGUCGGUCAAAUUUGACGUGGACAAGUAUAUACAGUGA